UCCAUAAAAUUUAGAAAGUUGUAAAAUGUAGAUUACUAAAAGUUAGAAAAUAAUCAGAUCCCAAAAAUAAAUCUACAAAAACGCAAUAUAUUGAAAUUAUUGUCACACUCAGGAAACCAAAUCUGUAAAACAUAUUUUCAUUUGAGCUCCUGAAACGAAUGAUUGAAAAAACGAUCAGUCGACUCUAAGAUGUUCACUGAUUAAAUAGUCAAUUAGAUUUUAAUUAGCUUUUACUUGCUGCCCUAGAGUUGACCCUUAAUGUGGUGGUUUGUGUGGUUGACAAAUUAAUAAUAGAGAACUGUGAUCAAACAACGCGUGAUUUAGCAGGUAGACAUGAAAGAGUUUUGUUGAUGUUCAUCUGUCUGUGGAACAUUUUUUAAGUCUCUUUUUUUAAUUGAAGUAUUUCAUUAGAUUAAUUUGCUUGAUUUGUAUCCGCAUUCGCAAUUACAGUAAUGGUCAUUUAUUUAUUCGUCAAAAGGCCUGUUGUGACGUAAACGCAGACGCUACAGUUUUGGUUUUUAUAAACUGCAUAAUCGUGUUAUUCUAUAUUUAUGUGCCUGACAUAUUCGGUAUAAAGUUAAGGAAACAUAACUUUUCAAUAAUGUUUUUUUAUCUCACAAAGGCCACAUUUUGAGUUGUUCUUACCGCCUUUAAAAGAACUCGAGCAAUAAGAAAAAGCAGGAUUUUCAAACAUAUACUGUGAGAGAUGAUAAAUAUUUUAAAUUUAUAAUCUUUUACACUCUGGUUUUAAACUUUACCUUUCGCUUCUCCUCGAACCAAAACACAACCGUGCCGUGCGCUCGGGUUGGUGUUGCGCGGCGCUGCCUCCUGAUUGGUCGCCUGCUUCUCAUUGUCAUGCUGUCAAUCUACAUCACAUGGUGCGGCCACUAGGCCUAUUAACAGAAGAGCUUGAGGAACAAGUUUACAGAGUUGUGUUUCAGAGCCGUGGGGGACAGAGCUGCUCAGAGCGCACACACUCUCACACACACACACGUAAAGAGAGCGAGAGCGAGAGAGAGAGAGACUAGAAGCACCUGCAGACACUUUUGCCUCUUUGGGCACGACUUUUUUCUGCUUGCCUCAUCCUCUCAGGAGACUGGUCAGCACCUCUACCUCUGUGAGUCGUGGCGCUGUUUGGUGAACUCUUCUUUUUUCGAAUGUGCCUGUGAGUGAACACUGAAACUAUGUAUAACAUGAUGGAAACCGAGCUCAAGACCCCGCUCCCGCAGUCCAACUCGGGCUCGGCGCCGGGCGCAAAAAACAACAGUGCCAGCGACCAGGAGCGGGUGAAGCGGCCGAUGAACGCCUUCAUGGUCUGGUCCAGGGGUCAGCGAAGGAAGAUGGCGCAAGAAAACCCCAAAAUGCACAACUCUGAGAUCAGCAAGAGACUCGGCGCAGACUGGAAACUUCUGACCGACGCCGAGAAGAGGCCGUUCAUCGACGAGGCGAAGCGGUUGCGCGCCAUGCACAUGAAGGAGCAUCCGGAUUAUAAAUACCGUCCCCGCAGGAAGACCAAGACCUUGCUAAAGAAAGACAAGUAUUCUUUGCCUGGGGGACUGUUGCCACCGGGAGCCGGCGCCGUCAACAGCUCUGUGUCUGUGGGUCAGCGGAUGGACAGUUACGCGCACAUGAACGGCUGGACGAACGGUGCCUAUUCGCUCAUGCAGGAUCAGCUGGCCUACCCUCAGCACCACAGCAUGAACAGCCCCCAGAUCCAGCAGAUGCACCGGUACGAGAUGACGGGACUUCAGUACCCGAUGAUGUCCUCGGCGCAGACCUACAUGAACGCGGCUUCCACCUACAGCAUGUCCCCGGCCUACACGCAGCAGACCACCAACGCCAUGGGGCUUGGGUCCAUGGCGUCAGUGUGCAAGACGGAGCCCAGCUCGCCGCCCCCGGCCAUCACGUCCCACUCUCAGCGGGCGUGUUUGGGGGACCUGCGGGACAUGAUCAGCAUGUACCUGCCUCCCGGCGGAGACAGCGCCGAGCAUUCGUCCCUGCAGAGCAGCCGGUUACACAGCGUCCACCCGCACUAUCAGAGCGCAGGGACUGGCGUCAACGGGACUCUACCUCUCACCCACAUCUGAGAGGAAAGACUGCAAACUUUUACCUUAAUAAUAAAAAAGAAAGUACUUCGGAUACUUGAACUUUUUUUCUUGGUUGCUAAAGAAAAAAAAACAACGUUCAAACACGUUUUGUUUAAAGAAAAAGAAAAGAAAAAAACUAAGUGUCUGCUGAUGUUGUCCAUUCAGAAACUCUAUAAAUGGAUGAGAGCAUUGAACGUUGAGUCCAUCAAAGUAAAAUUGCGUUGCAGAGAGGCUUGUUUUUAUAUCACAUGUAUAAGCAAUCAACCUAUGUAGAAGAAUUGGACUUCUAUAUUUUAAAAAAAAUAAUGCCAUAUUUUCUCUCUAUGAAAAGGCAUGUGGCCUCGUGAAGAGGCUGGCGUAUUUCAGAAAAGCUGGAUGGAUGGAUUAAAAAAAAAACAGUUACUACAUACAUGUUUACACUUCAUUUGUAGAAUGUCAGUUGUCUCCACUGUGUCCCAGAUUUUUGUAGUCUCUUUCUCAAACUCUUCUUUCUGUUUUUCCUGCCCUUUUCAUGAACUUUAUAGGUUAAAAUGAAAUGUUAAGACUGUGCGGGGCGCAAACGCAAGUUUUUAUUUAUAGUAAGGUUUUUUCUUUUCUGUUUAGCUUGUGAUCCCGAUGUUUUUGUCACGUAAAAAAUGUAUUUUUUUGUAAAAAAAAUAAUGUUUCUGUUCUGUGAUGGUUUUUGACAGUGUCAUGUUUACUCAUUAUCCUGAACGAAAAAGAAAGUUUAUUUAAACUGACGUUUCUACAUAUUUUAAGACCAUCCUCUAUUCUUAAAUGCUGAAUAAAUUUGUA